ACAGCCACCGCGCGGUGGUCGCCCGCCUGUUCCUCUCUCCAGUCGUCAUUACCUCGCCCCGAGCUCACCUCAGUUACACGCUGUGUGCUGUUCCCACGUCUAUCUCUCGCAGUCAAACCCCCCUACGCAUCCAGUGCAGCCAGCAUGUGUUCGAAGGCAACCCAAAACUUCUUGGAAAAGUUGGAGCAUGCUUUUAAAGCCUCAGAUAAGAGUGGGGAUGGAAAUCUGACUCCCUUCGAGAUGAAAAUAAUGAUGAACGAACUGGGCGCAAACGUAGACGACAAGUUUGUCAUAAACCUCUGUAUGGAACUGGAUACAGACCAAGACCGAUUAGUAUCCUUCCAGGAGAUGAAAACCGCGUUGUUAAAGAAGGACCCAAAGGAAAUUCAGCGAGCGGAGUUGGAGAACACCUUUAGGAAGAUGGACAAAGACGGCAGCGGUCGCCUCAGCAGGGAGGAGGUCAAACAACAGUGCAUUGCAAUGGGCAUCAAAAUGAGCGAUGAAGGUCUCGAAAAUCUUAUAAAGAAAGCGGACAAGAAUAAUGACGGCAACAUCGACAUCGACGAGUUCAUGCUCGCAUGGCAGGGAGCAUAAAUCAUCCGCCAACUGCCGCAGCCAUUUUAAAAUUUGCUUAUUCUGCAGAUUGUGCGAGCUUUUGUCUCUCAUUUCUUUUGAUGCAUUAUGUUCACUUGCUUUCAGGUCCCUCUUUUAUCCGAAGCACCUGUGUAUCAAACGAUUACGCUUUCGCCGGAGUCAGAGGAACAAAAAGUGUGAACUGAAACAUGAAACAUUCCACUAACUAAAGCUCCGAGCAGCGGCUGGUUUCAUGGCGCACUAUCUUGCUGUUUUUUUCACACAUAACGGCGAAAUAUUAACAGGUUUGAAUUAAAUUUGCUGCUAUAAAACCAUCAUAAUUUUUUCAAGCAAAUUUUAUACAUGUUCUAGUACAUUCCAGACUGUAAUAGCGCCGACAGAUAUAAUGUAUUCGAGGUGGACCAGCUGCUACCAGCCGUUAACUUUCCAAUGGCAUGUAUACCAUACUCACUCCCGAAACAUUUGACAUUUGCAGUUAACAAGAAGACACGAAGGCAGACGUAAUGACAGAUAUGCAGUCACUUAGAUUUUUCAUGGCUUCUUUUUAUAUGUUUAUUUAGUGCUUGCCAUGUAUACCAAACCUGUCAAUAGUGCUAAGCUUUCUUGGCUUGUUGUAGUACUGAAGAUAAAAAAAUAUUAGAAUCAUAUCUUCAAUGGCCUUUGUAAAAUUUGCAUAAAUACAAUUAGCUAUAAAUAUAUAAGUAUCAGCGCUAAUCAUGAAUUAAUUGCAUUUACUGUUAAAAAAUCCUACUGCUCACAAAAAAUCGGAAACAAUAUCAUGAUGCUCAUGCUUAUUAAGACGAAAAAAAUCUUUAUCGUCAGUAUUACAAACAUCUAUAUGGUUUUUCUUGUAAUUUGCAAUGAGAGUGAAAAGCAGUAAAACAUUUCACAGUAUUUUUUAGUUUUCAUUGGAUAGAAUAAUAAAACUAGAGCUCAACUCUAUGACAGCUGAAGAUUUUAUUCAAAAGCCAUUUUGUUGUCUUAACUAUCCAUCGAUGUAGCACGCAAACCACACUGUUAUCGUUGUUUUCGUUCGGUUGCCAUUGUCUAAUCAGCUUCAUUUGUGUAUUCUCGAACGCUGAUUUGGGGGAGGGGUGUUAACCGAAAAGCCUUUACAGUUUAUCCUCACGUUUUCUCUCAGAAUGUUGAAAUAAAGGAAUUAUUAUUGCUAA